AAAUUUCACUUUACUCUGCAAUAUUUUGAAUCGCAAUGAAGUCUAGACUGAGAAUUGAAAUUAUUCGCUUUUGUAAGUGGUGAAGAGUGUGUUAGUCCAAUGGUCUUCAUACAUUAACAAUUUUAUUCAAGAAUUGGAAUGAGGGUAACUUUAGCAACUUUUUUGUUGAUUAGUCUGGAAUUUUUGUGCCACAGAGGAAAAGCACAAUCAAAUCAAUGUAAGGAAAAUGAAGAAUAUCAGGAAUGUGCAAGUGGUUGCCCUUUGACUUGCCAAAAUUAUAGAGAGCCUUUCUUCUGUACUGUCCAAUGCAAAAGUGGAUGUUUUUGCAGGUCUGGAUACGUCAAAGGACCUGGUGACAAAUGCAUUAGGCCAUCUGAGUGCCCAAUAGGUCCUUGCAAAGACGGCGAAGUCGAAUCAACUUGUAUUAAUCCUUGUAAUAACUGUAUACAAAAGGGAAAAUGUUAUUUUGAAUACUGUAUAAAAGGAUGUGACUGCAGACCAGGUUAUUACAGAAAUUCUACAGGUACAUGUGUGAUAGCCGACAAAUGUGGAUCAGAAACUCAUUUAUGUCCUCCACAUGAACAUUACACAGACUGUGUAAGUUCUUGUAAUGAUUGCUGGUUUAAGGGACAUUGUCAUGCAGAUGAGUCUUGGUGUUCACCUGGAUGUGAAUGCAAUCCAGGAUAUUUCCGAGAUGACUAUGGUACUUGCAUACCUGAAAAUCGUUGUGGCCAUCACGAUGAAUGUGGUGCGAAUGAGGUUCUCACGCAUUGUGUUAAUUCUUGCAACGACUGUGAACAUAAAGGAUACUGUGAUCACCAUGAAUGUCAAUAUGGAUGCGAUUGUAAACCAGGAUUUUUCAGAAAUCAUGAGGGUCAUUGUAUUUCGGAAUCUGAAUGUGCUGCUAUAAUGUGCGGACAUUAUGAAGAAUACAGUGAAUGUGGUUCAGCUUGCCCUAUCAGCUGCGAUAGUUAUAAUAAAGAAAUUUCUUGUAUACAACAUUGUGUAAAAGGAUGUUUUUGCACUAGAGGUUAUAUUAGAGGACCUAAUGGAACAUGUAUAAGACCAACUGAAUGUCCAAGAGUAUGUGGGGAGUAUGAAGAAUACAGCGAAUGCGGCACAUCUUGUCCUCUUCAUUGUUCAAAUAUUACUACUUCUUCAUCAACUCCUUGUUCUACUAUUUGUGUAAAGGGAUGUUUCUGUAAGGCAGGUUACGUGAGAGGUCCGAAUGGAAAAUGCAUCUUACAAAGCGCGUGCCCACUAAAUUGCGGAGAAUACGAAGAAUACAGAGAAUGUGGACCAGGUUGUAUCGCUACUUGUGAAAAUAGAGCUCAUCUUGGAGACUGUUCACUCUCAUGUACAAAAGGAUGUUUUUGCACGUCUGGUUACAUUCGGGGACCUAGUGGAAAAUGCAUUUUACCUGAAACUUGCCCUCCAGUGUGUGGAAGAAAUGAAGAAUAUCAAGACUGUGGAUCAGCAUGCCCAGCAAAUUGCACAAAUUCAAAUCCAAAAUGCAGAGAAGUAUGCGUCAGAGGAUGCUUUUGCAAGCCUGGUUACAUAAGAGAUCCAUAUGGCAUAUGUGUCUUACCGACAAACUGUCCUCUUCUUUGUGAUGAAAAGGAAAUAUUUAUGUCCUGUGGUCCUCGUUGUGAGCCAUCAUGUGACGCCAUUCAUCGUAAUCCAGCUCUUUGUCCUGGUUGCCAAAAAGGAUGUUUUUGCAAACCAGGUUUUGUUAGAGGUCCCGACGGAAAAUGCCUUUUACCGAUAUCUUGCCCAGCAGCAUGUGGUGAAAAUGAAGAAUUCAACUCUUGUGGUUCGGCAUGUCCAGCUAAUUGUAGAAAUCGCUAUCCAAACUGUUCAAAGACAUGUGUUCAAGGAUGUUUCUGCAAGCCAGGGUUCAUUAGAAGCUCUAAUAAUUCAUGCAUUUUGCCAGCAUCAUGCCCUAUAGAGUGUUAUGACUAUGAAGAAUUCAAAGAAUGUGGUUCUUCGUGUCCUUCCACUUGUACUGACAGAAAUCCUACUUGUACAUCACAGUGUGUAAGAGGAUGUUUCUGCAAAGCUGGUUACAUUAAAGAUUCGAAUGGAAAAUGUGUAUUGCCUUCUCAAUGCCCACAAACAUGUCCAGAAAAUGAAACUUAUCGACUCUGUGGCACAAGCUGUCCCAUUACUUGCCAUAACAUUGGAAAAUCAGUUUCUUGUCGGCAACAUUGCGUCAGAGGAUGUUUUUGCAAUGAUGGAUACGUCAGAGGUCCGAACGGUACUUGCAUAACACCUGAAUUGUGCCCAAUGAGAUGUGAACAUAAUGAAGUGCUGAAAGAAUGUGGUACAGCAUGCCAGCUCACUUGUGCAAAUCAUACAAAUCCUGGGCCCUGUGCAGCCCCUUGUGUCAGAGGAUGCUUUUGUAAACGUGGUUAUGUACGAAAUGUAAAGGGGAAAUGCAUUUCAUCAAAUCACUGCCCUACACGAUGUAAAGAAUACGAGGUUUUCACAUGUAGCGUUCGAUCUUGUGAAGCAACAUGUGAUGACGAUGAUGACUUUUCUCGCCCUUGUACAGAUAGAUGCACCAAUGGGUGUUAUUGUAGGACAGGUUUUCUAAGAGCACCAGAUGGAAAUUGUGUACAACGAAGCAGGUGCCCAAGAGAAAUAAAUUUUGAUGGUCGUAACAAAGGAGAGGAAGAAGGAAAUGAUACUGAUGCAUUAUCUUCAAAUCGGGAUGAAACAAAAUCUUCAUUAACGUCAAAAGCUCCAUUAAUAAUGGAAGACACUUUAACAAAAGGGCCAGGAGCAAAGGAGCCCUUAAUAACAGAUGUGCCAUCAAUAACAAAAGCUCCACCAACUAAAGAUAUAUUAACAACAAUAGCUCCAUUACCAAAAGCUUUAUUAACAACUAAAGUUAAUUUGGAUCUAUUAACAAAACUUGAUGAAGCACUACCAGUUCUCCCUGUAUCUCUUCCAAUUGUUGAUACACUACUAGAUGAAGAGGUUUCUACCCCUGCAAAUGCUGGACAGGCUUCUUUGUCAACUGCUUUGAGUUCUAUCAGUGCAACAAAGGAAACUUCUCAAUUGUCAAUAACAGAAAAACCAACAAUGGCUGUGACAACCAAUUUGCCACAAAAAUCCUCAGAUAAUCCAACCAUAGCUAUGGAACCAAUGACUUCUCAAACACCGAUUCAAAGCUUAAGCUCUUCAAAACAAACAAGUUUGGCUAGUACAGAACUUAAAAGCUCAACUCUACCCAUGAGUGUGGAUUCAACUUCAUCUGCAAUGAUUGGCACCACUGUGUAGUAUCGCUCAUAAAUAUAAAUUUCAACCAUCUGGUUUACACAAAUAUGAGUACUACAUAUAACUACGUCUAUUGUUUCAAAGUUUUAGUUCCUGAACUUCAAAAAUAUGUUUAUUAACUUAAAUAAUUUUGAGAUCAAGUAUUGCUGAGUUAACCGAAAACUGUUUAUCAAUCAAAAUUGAAAAGUUCACCGAAAGAAAGCUAGCUAAUUUAUUGUAAUAUGAAAUACUUUGAAUUGUAAGGAUAUUUUUAAAAUAUAAUAUUCCUUAUAUUUUACUGAGAAAUAAUAUAGAACAGGUUUUAAUAUUACAAAGCAGCAAGUUUGGAAGUAUCUCUUUGCCGUUCAAAGUAUUUCAUUUUGUAACAUAAAAUAAAAAUUUGUGUUUUUUUUAAAAAAUUGUUUUAAACAAUCUUAAGGCAUUUUGAUAGGUUAAAGUAGUAAUUCAGUUUUUUUUAUCAACCUCAAGGCUUUUUCUCAAGCUAUGAAUUUCUAAUAGCUAUUUCAUAUGUCUGUGUUUUUAAUAAAAAGGCAAAUAUGUAGUUUGGUAUUGAUGUAAAUAAAUGAUUUCAAGCAAUUAUAAAUACAGCUAA